CGCAGCGCCACGGAGUCCCAGAAGCAGCAGCAGCAGAAGCCGAGCCUCUCCGGCGGCAGCAGCAACAUGUCGGAGCCGAUCUCCGUGGGGGUGAACCUGGACGCCUUCUCUCACGCCAUUAGCGGCAUCCAGGCGCUCCGCUCCAGCGUCAGCCGCGUCUUCGAGUCGCUGAAGGACGGAAUGAAGAACCGCGAGACUCUGGAGGGCCGCGAGAAGCGGUUCAUCUCCGAGUUCCAGGACACCCUGCAGGCCGUCAACCGGGACCUGAAUGAGCUGGAGCGUCUCAGCGGCCUGGUGGGCCGUCCCUCAGAGUCCCAUCCGCUCCAUAACAGCGGGCUGCUGAGUUUGGACCCGGUUCAGGACAAAACUCCUCUCUACUCUCAGCUGCUGCAGGCCUACAAGUGGUCCAACAAGCUGCAGUACCACGCCGGGUUGGCCUCCAGUCUGCUGAACCAGCAGUCGCUGAAGCGAUCGGCCAAUCAGAUGGGAGCCUCAGCCAAGAGACGGCCCAAAGUCCAGCCCAGUACGCUGGUGCUGCCGCCCCAGUAUGUGGAUGAUGUCAUUUCCCGGGUCGGUAGGAUGUUUCCGGAUAUGACCAUCGAGCUUUUCAGACCCAACGGGACGUCAGCUGUGCUGCUGGUGACCCUUGGGAAGGUGCUGAAGGCGAUCGUUGUGAUGCGUUCUCUGUUCAUCGACAGAACCGUCGUCAGAGGUUUUAAUGAGAAUGUCUACAGCGAGGACGGAAAGCUGGACAUUUGGACAAAGUCUCAGUACCUGGUUUUCCAGAAAGUAACUGACCAUGCUACAACAGCCCUGCUGCACUACCAGCUGCCCCAGAUGCCCGACGUGGUCGUUCGCUCCUUCAUGACGUGGCUCCGCAGCUACAUCAAGCUGUUCCAGUCUUCGUGUCAGCGCUGUGGCCGGUUCCUGCAGGACGGUCUGCCUCCAACGUGGAGGGACUUUAGGACCCUGGAGGCGUUCCAUGACACCUGCCGUCUGUAAACUGUCGAUGUUUACUUCCUAUUUGUAAAUAAAGUUUGGAGUUUUUUUUCA